AUGUUGCAAAUCGACAAGAGCAACCUUUUGAUUAAAAAGACGUUGACAGAGCGGAUCUUCCCUGCACCUGAUGCCCAAUUGAAGUCUUUGGACAGAAUUAUCAGUGACUUUGAUUUCACCAACUAUCAUGUUUCCACUUUGGAAGACAGACAGCUAAUUUUGCUUUCCGUCUAUUUGCAAUGUUGGAAUGACUUGACAAGAUAUGGUGUUUCCGAGUACUUGAAGCUGAAGUACCAGAAGUUUGGUGAGUUUUUGACCAUUGUGGAUGAUACGGAAGCAGGCUACAACUUCAGUUUCGUUUUGGACACGGCAGCUUUGGCUUCUCAGUCUGACGAGAUCAAGCAGGAAUUGAUUGAGGAGUUGGCCUUGUUGAAGAGACACGCAAUCGCUUCUGCUUUUGAGAAGGCCUUCAGUCGUUAUGACCAGCUUGCCGAACAAUUCAAGGACCAGGACACCUAUGCCGAGGAGAUCAAGGGUGAAUUAAAGAAUGAGGAGGUUCUUGUCAUCAAGUACAGAGGAGAGGAUGAGUGUAUUUACAUCAAGCCGUCCUUCGACCGUGUGACGGUUAUUUUCUCCACUAUCUUCAAAGACGAGACCGACAAAAUCUUUGGUAAGGUUUUCUUACAAGAGUUCGUUGAUGCUCGUAAAAGAUCUGUCCAAACAGCUCCUCAAGUGAUGUUCACCCAGAGGGAGCCUCCUUUGGAUAUCAAGAAUGCCGUCAGCAAACGCCAGGACGACGACAAUAAGGGAUACGUCACGUUUGUGUUGUUCCCAAGACACUUGACCAAGGGAGAACGCAGAGAUAACUGUAUAUCCUACAUCCAGUUCUUCCGUAACUACUUCCAUUACCAUAUCAAGUGUGCUAAGGCGUACAUGCACACGAGAAUGAGACACAGAGUGAGAGGAUUCUUGAAGGUCUUAAACAGAGCAAAGCCGGAGAAUGUCGACGACGAUGGCAAGGCUAUCGACAACAGAAAGACAGCUAGCGGUCGUAAGUUUGAUGUUGGAAGAGUAUAA